AUGAGAAACUCACCUCCAAAUUUUCUUCCACAGACAACGAAGCGAGCUUUCCUGCGACGCACGAAAGCCACUGCACUCCCAGACACAGACACCACCGCCCCUACCGAGGAAGUCACUAGCCCGACCAAACCCCCGCGGCGGGGGUAUAAUACCUUCAAGAUACGGAAGGAUACAAAAUCCACCACCGAGGUGGACGGCGAAAAGAGCGGGAAAACAGACAGACGUCGGCCAUCUUUGAACGGCGGCGCGCGCAGUGAGCGACCGACGCGAAACUUCGUGCGAAGGCGCCCGAGUGGGGCGAAUGGAACAACAUCAUCAUCCAGUACCUCCUCACCAUCAUCUACUCCAUCACCAUCACCAGCGGUGUCGCGGCGGCCGUUCCGCGUGGCGGCCAGACGGCGACCACUGUCUACCACCACAUCUACCACCAUCACAUCUACCACCACCACGUCUACCACCGAGACUCCUACCACCGAGCUAAUUAGUGAAGAGUACCUACAGGAUAUUAGUGAAGAAGAAAUAAUCGAAGAGCCAAUCAUCCCGCAAGAGAGGACAGCGAACCACACGAAGACCAGACGUCCCCUGCUUCUGAAAGACGAAACAGUUGACCAGAAUCCCUCAGCGACUAACGAAGAGGAAAGGAAGAGACACAGCAAGAAGUACAGCUCAAGCUUCAAACAGAACCAGCUGGAUGAGGUGCUGAAGCAAAGAGCCAAGCUUAGCAGUCAAGAAGAGGAUAUUGCCACCACUGAAGCUAAUUCCAAGACUACUUUUGAUGAUGCAGAAACAGCAUUGGCGAUCGCAGCCCAUGCGCUUCUCUCGGCACCCAUACCGAGCAUAUCGAGUUAUGACGACGAACCGAAACCAACUAAACGAACCAAACCCCCCACCACCACAUUCGAAUACACCUACACGAACCCCACUUACACUGAAGAAUAUACAGACACCAAAACAGCCUUUGACGGUGUAUCAAGCACCCCGAUCUAUAAAACCACAGUAGGAAAUAAAGACUUCGUUCAGACCACUUCAGGAACAGUCUAUGAUAUAACUACAGGCUUCAACAGCCCUCGAACUCCUUCAACUUUCACCCCUAGGACUUCAACCUUUGCUUCUACUCCCUUCACUGCUAAAGUCUCCCGGCCAGCUGCUUUCACCACAUCGAGUCUCUUGACCACCGUAGCUCAGGAUCCGACGGAAUAUUCCAGACUUCCACCUUCAACGCUUAACCCAGGAUUUUCGCGCACUCGUCAGAAUUCUGCCACUUCUGGAUUCUCUAGAGGGUCGGUCACCACUGGUCCUUCAAGUUUAGGCCCGUCUACUGCUAGAUACGUAGGCACGAGCGACAAGCUGAUACCAGUACCAGUAGAAGACUAUAGCCUGACCACCGGUGGAUACUCCAGCAUAGGCCAAGAGCCUUCCUACUUCACAAGAGAAUACUUACUGGAGUCGCCUGUAACUAAGACUUAUGAUGACGAAUACCAAUAUCUUUCACCAACAACACCUCAAAGCACGACGAGAAAAAUCCCUAAAAAGAUAGCCUAUCGCAAGAUCUCCACGACAAUUCGACCGACGGUUCAGACCUAUGUGCCAGAGGUAACCCCUCCCGCGCCGCGUCGUGUGCCUUCGAAGAAACCUUUCGAGAAAAUCCCUAAAGGUCCCGCGAAAUUCAAACCGGUGGAGAAUUACGACUACUAUGACGACGGAGCAGAGAACAUCGCGCAGAAGUACCAAGAGGGGACGAAGGUCGUAUUACAUUCUAAAGGUAACAUAGAAUGUUUGGAUAUCGGCAAUUUCCCCCACCCAACGUCGUGCAAGAAGUUCAUAUCCUGUGCAAGGUUAGAGAACGGCUCCCUGCUGGGAUGGGAGUACAUCUGUCCAAAAGGUCUCAGCUUCGACCCCGUCGGAGGCAUUUGUAACUGGUCCGCCGGUUUAGGGUGCCACGAGAAAGAUGAAGUUUGAACUCUUUAAUUGUUGGGUUUAUAGGAUUUAAUAAAUGAAGACAUGAAGUGAUUAAAUUGGUUGAUUGCGGAAAUAUUUUCAUACGAAAUCUUCCAUUUUAUUCUUUACAUAAACCAUACGCUCAUGAGACAUUUAUUAUAUUCCUUUGUAAGAUUGUUUGUCUGUUCUCGUUUCAUUAUCUGCUGGUUUAGGCAAGCAUAUUUCGAUGCGUGUAUCCUUUUCUGUCACUUAGAACCAUAAUUUGCUAGAGCGAGAGAAGGUGCGGGAAUGCGACCGCACUCCGACCGUCUCGUGGAUUCCGCCGGCCGCAUUAUCUCGCUCUGGUAAAUGAAGGUUGUGAAUGACAAAAAAGGAUAAAAGCAUAGGAAAGCGUGGUGCAGAUGUAGCUCAAGGGCUGAUUUUGAAACGGCAAAAUUAUUUAAAAAUGGAAUAGCAAACAUUUAAUUAAAAUAAUCAUGAAGACUUUAUUCUAUGAAUGAACGCUAUCUGAUUAUUGAGAAAUCAGCCCUUAGAAAAGCGUUCACAAAUAGUAAAACUAAGUAUGGUGCUAUAAUUAUAAUGUUACUAUGCUAGCUAUAAAGGGUGCUGGUGACACUGUAACGAAAAUUUUGUAUGAUUUUGAAGGAUCAGACCAUGAUUCUGAGUUGAUAUCAAGUGGAAUUUUCCGUCGCAAAAGUAUGGAACUGAAAAUAGUUAUAAAAAAUACUAAAAUUUUUAUUAAUUUUCCGACAGGAAAAUCCAUUUGAUAUCAGAGAGCCAGGAGCCGAGUCAUUCCUAAAAGUUUUCGUUACGGUGUCACUAACACCCAUACGGUUACCUGUACGUACUCGUACGGGGUGUAAGUGACAUUGUAACGAAUACUGUAUACUGCUACUGUGUAACCCUCUGUGUAUACUACCGUGUGUACUACUGUGUAUACAACCGUGUAUACUACUGUGUAUAUCUCUGUGUAUACUACUGUAUAAUCAGUCUUUUCAAGCAGUUUUAAGCAGUUAUACACACACGAGAACAGACAAAUCUUGAACGAAAGUACUGCAGUGGUUGGGUCAGUACAUAUUUAUUUUAUUUACAUAAUAAAAGUACUGAUAAAACAAUUCUUUUGAACUGUAUAACUUCAAAAGAAAAUAUAAGUAUACUUACUUGAAAAUUAAUUUUCAAAAUUUUACACCAAUCAAAACCACUGUUGUUGAAAUUGUGAUAUUUUUUGUAUCAUUGACUGAAAAAAAAAUUAACGAGGGAUUUACCAGACAGCGUUCCCCAAAAAAAGUACAGAGGGCGCUGUAUAGAUUUGCUUUCGUUUAACUUUCUAAUUUCACGGAUAGCAGACAUAUGCAUCUCUUAUCGUUGUUUUCGAGUAUAAAUGAUGACCCUUGUAAUUACACCCAGGCACAACACAUCUUCCAUCCAUUAUUAUUCUGAUCAAAAUAAAGAGAAGUAACAUACUUAAUUCUAUACAUAUCUGACCCAAAUAUCAAACAACAAUUAUCUUUAUAUAUGCCUCGGCCGUUACAUUAUAUUAAUUAUGCACCCUCGUAAUCAGAAAAUAGGUAAUUUUUACGUUAAAUCUGUACAACGCCAUCCAUAUUAUUUUUGGGGAACGUAGCCUAAAAAUCCCUAAUUUCUUUAGCGAAUUGAACUUAUUACUGGACUACUUACUAAAACUAUUACACUACAUAUCUUUCCAGUAUAUGUUCUUACCGACAUUAUCUAAGUCAAAUCGAUGUUAUUACCAAAAGAAAAUAACUAGAAAGUGUAUUUUCUAAAAUUGUAUAUAUAAUUAUGUGACGAUUUAUGAUAACACUUAUCGCAAGGCUAGCUUUAAACUCAAUGGAAUUAAACGCACGACAAAAAGUUUGUAUGAAACAAGCCUUAACAUAUA